AUGGCUCGAAAGGGCAGUCGGAAGACUAGAACUGGCUGCAUAACAUGCAAGAUACGCAAAGUGAAGUGUGACGAGACCAAGCCAACCUGCAAUCGCUGCGCAGCCACCGGCCGCCAGUGUGAUGGCUACAGUCCAGCGCCCUCGCCAACAAACAAAUCCCAACUCCGCCGCUACCGACCGCACCAUGUCUUUCCGGGAGCAGACGGGGUCGGGGAGGGCAGAGCCUUGCAGUUUUUCUGCGAGGUAGCCGGUCCUUACAUGUCGGGUGCCGUGGACCCUCAUUUCUGGCCUAAACUGGUAAUGCAGUUCACCAGCUUCGAGCCUGCCGCGCGCCACUCUGUCAUUGCCAUCAGUACCCUCUGUGAACGUCUACAAUUCCAGGAGGACAUGGAUGAAGAGAUCCUCUUGAAGGACGAUCUUUACGCCUUGCAACAUUAUAACACAGCUAUCCAUGACCUCAGGACUAUGACCUCCCCUGAGCGAAGUCCUGUCAUACUGCUGGUGUGUCUGCUGUUUAUCACUAUUGAAUUCCUACAAGUCAACCGUGAAGAGACGGUAAAGCACUUGAAACACGGAUUCCAGCUUCUGAAAAGCACAAUCAGGGACUAUGCCUGGACUAAGGAACACUUGCUGCCUCUGUUUCGACGAUUGAGCAUCUACGCUUUCCUGCACGCGACCGAUCCUAGAGACUUUCCCAAUCUGGAAGGUCUCGAGCAUCCGAUUCCCAGCAGCUUUUCAACAUUUUAUGACGCCCAAAGAAUGGUUGACGACAUCUUCAGCCGCACCAUGCGGUUGGUGCGGAAUGGCGACCCUUAUAGAAUAUACCCGGAAGAACACCAAAUUGUGCCGCCUGACUUACUCGAUGAGCAAGCCAGUCUUGCGUCAUCACUAGAUCAGUGGAAGAUACUAUUCGAUGCAUUUGAAGCCCGGCCCGCAUCACCACCGAGCGAGCCUGUUCCCGGGCAAGAGACUCUAACAACGGCGUUACGAUACGUCAUUGUGUCACGAUACGAGUGUUGCAGAAUAUGGCUGAACACGGCGUUUGGUGACAAAGAAUACGACUACGACAGUCACUUGGCUGUAUUCAAAGCGAUGUCCACAGAAGCAGGGAUAGUAGAUCCGGAGGUCCUUGCGACUUUUGAAGGGUCUCCUUACUUCACAUUCGACACCGGCUACCUUCCUUCAAUCUCACUAAUUGCAACGAGAUGUGCGCAUUUGGAGGCGACAUUAAAAAAUCUUAGACUGAAGCCACUUCCAGGCCUCCCGAGAGAGAAUAUGUGUCUGCUAGCCCAGGCCGGAGAUUGUCUGUGCGAAGCGUUACCAGCAUCUUUACGGAACCUUAGUCAACUGGAGAUUGCGGAGUCCAGUAAUACUUGA